GAUAAUCGACUCUUGAAAUCCUUACUUAAUUUCCGUUGUAAAAUGACACUUUUAAAAAAUUAUUCGAUAAAUUUUGUAUGUAAACAAAGAGUUGAUUACUUUUUAGCUCUGCUUUUUAGUUUGUCAAAGAUCUUUUAUGAAAAGUUUUAGUUGUUGGUAAAGUUUAAAUAAUAAUUUAAAUAAAAAAUGAAUGCAACCGGCCAACUAAAUCAACAAUUGCAACAAGAUUUACAAAAUGAAUUAAUAACUGCAAAUCAACUUUUAAGAUUAAUAUCGUUUGAACUGCAACAGUUAAAAAGUUUUACGUGCGCUGGUGGGGAAUUUGAAGCCAAUAUUAAAGAGAAUGCAUUGUUAUUAGCUAAAUUAGCAAGUAUGAAAAAUAUCAAUAUAGAGAAUCUGCCCUUAAUGACAAGGAUACAAACUAACAUUGCAGUGAACGAUAGCCAUUUACCGGAACAAAGUUUAAGAAAUGAAACUAGUAUGGAAGAUUGACAUUCCAUGAAAUUUAAAAUAGCUUUAAUAUACUGUGAUCAAACUUGUAAAGGAAAGCAUUACCCCUAGCACAAAUAAUAAAGAAAUUAUUAUUUGUGCUAUUAUUAUUGUUUUUAUUUCUCUAUUUUGUUUAACAAUACUAAAUAUCAAAAAGAUUUAGUCUUGAUUCCCAUACAUUUCGAGUUUACUGUACUAUGGCUCCACAAUUUAGUAUGGGUAUACAUAUGUGCAAUGGUUAUGCUGCUGAAUUUAAGUUCCAAAUGCAAUCAUAGGGUAUGAUUUAAAUUUCUGUACAAAAUUAUACAGAACCUGUACCUAUACUUUAACUUAUUUUAUACUAUAAAGUAAAUAUUUGUGCUAUUUGGGUCCAGGUUGUCCCUAAAAUAGUUAAAUCACUUUAUAUUUUCAUUAUGCAGUCAACAUGCCAUUGCCAUGGUUAAGUGGCAGUUGUAAUCCUGGAUUCUAUUUCCAUAUGAGUAACACACUGUCCAUGCUGAAAUCAUCUAGUUAUAAAAUAAAAUGUUGGAUUAAAUUAUAAUAAGCGCUAUUUUAUAAACAAAUAUCAAAAGAAAGUUUGUCAAAAUAUACCAUGUGAUUUAAGUACACAAAUAAAUGUAAGUUCUCUUUGUA